ACGGGGUGAUUCGUAGCACGAUGCAACGCUGAAAGAAGCGCGGUUUACCGCGUAUCCCUCGAUGUUUUUAUAAAAUCUCAACCGGGGGAAGUUUCUUUUGGUCCACGCAAGUGUUUCGGGGAUAUCCACACGCCCUCUGCGCGCAUCAUCGAAGAGAGAAAAUGUCUAGUACAUAUAUUGUGGAACCACAGGAGAGUGGCUCUAAGAAAGACAACACUUUAAUCAUCGUCGUCAGCGACGAUGGAACCAUCUCUGUUGAUCAAGAGACUUUACAAAAUUUAAUAAUGAAUCAGUCGAAUGCAAAUGUCAGCGUGGUAAGAGUUGGACAAGCAGAAGGAGAUGCAGAAAAUGGUGAUAUAACACUAACGGUUGAUCCUCCAGCAUUUACAUCUACUGAUACCGUUACUACACCUGGAACUGUAAUUUCCACUGACACGACUGGUUUGGUCGAUCCAUUUAUGGAAAUGGAUCCUGAACAAUUAGAAAGAUUGGAAACGGCGCUGCAGAGCGAAGAGGCGAAACAAAUAUUAGGGGAGAACGUAACGGCUAUGCUUGAUAUGCUCACCGUGGAAGAGCAACAGAAUUCUUUAAAAUAUAGUGUCGAGUUAGACCACUGCUAUACCAGUCGUCUCUCGCCCUCAGAUCCAAAACCAAGUGAUCCUUUACCUAUAGCAAACUCUCCCGAUAUCGAUGACAUGCAAUAUAUGCAUCCUGUUUCUACACCACAAUCUGUAUCGGUAUCAACGCCUUCUUCCGUAAAGAGUGCAAAUCCUGUGCCGACAAAGGAAAAAAUAGUUACUAAAAUUGGUAAACCAGUGGGUCGACCUCGAAGAGAAGUCAGAACUGCGACACCGAGUAUCACUUCGACUCCCAAGACAGUGAGCAAUGCGGCUCCAAGAAAUAUGCUGAAUAUGCUGCUACCGGGAGUAAAUAAAGGUGCACUUGUGCCCCUUAUUAAGCCUCUCGAUAUGACUAACUUGCACAUGUCAACAGCAGAGCCCGAAGCGAGUCAAGAAGGGACCGAAGAGGACGACGCGUCAUCGUCAUCGGAGUCUUCCGAAUCCGAGCCACCAUCGGAUAACGAUUCCGAUUUUGGACCUCGACCUAGAAGAGGUGUUAGGGCAAGGGGAGGACGUAAGGGACUCACGACCAGGGGAGGCAGUAUGACAGCUACGCGCAGACGAGGUAGCAACAAGCACUUAGACGUUGAACAAGUUCGUCGGCUGAACAUGGAAAUGGCUGCUGCUGUCGAUGCAAUGAAGAGUCCGGAAAAGGAUAAGCCAGAAAGAGUGAGUUCUACCAGAGGCAGAAAACAAGUUAGAACGUUAAGCGGUAAAAAGAAAGAUGAUUCAGCACUGGCCCACUUAACGCCAGAUUUCGAAGCUUCUCUGGAAUAUGAGAAGCCUUUGCAAACGACCAAUCAAGUAAAAGCGAAUUUAAUUAAUGCCAACAUGAUUAAGGGAGAUAUGAUCCUAACAAAGCCCGGUCAAGGACGAAACAAUCAGAAGGUUAUUUUCGUUCAGAAACAAAUUAUGAUGAAAGGGAACGAGUACAAAAAUAUGGGCUUGAAAAAGCAGGUCGUAGUUCCAAAGAGUAACGUAUUGAAUCAGGUGAAUGCAAAGGUUGCUAGCGUCAAAGAUGGGAAGUUGUCCCCAGCUUCGUCUAAGGCUGGACUGCAGAGUAGCCCGACCGGUCAGCCAAAAGUUACUCUAGCCCAGACUUCCGUGGUCCAACCUCAGGUGUCUCAGCAGCAUUCUUCAAGAAUAAUUGCGUCAACGCCUAUGAAGAUUAAAAGUGCAGAUGUCAAGAAGGAGAGGAAAAAAUCCGAUACUAUGGAUACUUCGUUAAAGUCUGAUGUCGAGGGAGGUAAACCGGUGGAAAGUAAGAUGCCGGAAGUUGUAAAGAAAUAUCAAAAGAAAGAGCACCGAAAGUCUCCUGCGCACUUGGCAGACUCUAUGGGACCAGCACUAUUUUCUACGCCCGAUAUUAUUCGACGAGUUAGUACCUCUAGCGAAUCCAAGGUUCCAGAGACGCCAUCGACUCCGACGACGCCUACCCUUAACACCAGUGGAGUAGCUAUCUGUACAUCGGUUACACCCACGACGUCGAUUCUUUCGGUUCCUGGUUCCGCUACGUCUCUAUCGAGCAACUUAUCCAGGGAACCUGUACUAAAUACAUCCGUUCCUCCUCGGCGAUUAGAAUCUCUUCCUAAAGUAGAAAGUGACUCUCAACCAAAGCUUCAGAUGAGCCAUAGUAAUCAGAAAUUGGAUACGAAGGUGUCCUUGGCUGAAUUACACCCGUCUUUAGAUCCUGCAUCCAAUACAGCUCAACCCGAAAAAGCCACACACUCCCCCGAACACGCUACCGUUCCAAAUCAUAUAGUUUCUGAGCAAAGUGGCAUAGAAGGAGAAGAACACCUUUUGGCCACGUUGGAGAUGGAAGCGAGUAAGCACGAAGAAGAGUUACUGGCGGAAGCGUUACUCUUGCAAGAAGAACUUGGGGUCGAUUUGGCGGAUCACGCUGCAUUGGUUGACCAAGCAUCGGCAGCACCAGUUAUGGAGCCAUUGUUGCAGUCAACGUUUGUUCCGUCAAUGAUAAUGUCGGAUCAGAGUUGUGCCAAAGGACCGGACGCUUCCGCUUCUUUGUCGAACAGUGCCUCGGAUUUGAAGAAACGCGACGAGAAGGAACCUAUUCAAAUUGUUCGGGGUGGUCGCGUAAUAACGUUACCUCCUAUAGAAGCGCCUGCGACUCGAAGCAAGAAGUUGCAAGUAAAAGGUGAUACUUCACCAAAGAAGGGAGACCUCAAUAGAAGGAGCGAUAAGAUUGCUAAGCAAUUAUUACAACAUCAGCAGCAAUUGCAGCAAUUGCGACAAAAGGCAGAAUUGGAUUCCGACUUGGACGACGAGGAAGACGACGAGGAUGACAAUUCCGAUUCCGAGGACGACCCUGACAGAUUGUGGUGCAUUUGCAAGAGGCCGCAUAAUAAUCGUUUCAUGAUUUGUUGCGACGUGUGCGAGGAUUGGUUCCAUGGAAAGUGCGUUCACGUCAGCAAAGCCAUGGGUCAGCAAAUGGAGGCUAAAGGAAUAGAAUGGGUUUGCCCUAAUUGCUUGAAGAAGAAAGCGGACGAAAUUAAAAUAAAGCACAGUCCACAGUCUUCGACUCCGAAACAGUGGAAGUCAUCGGAGUCCGGUUUGCAUCGGUUAGAAGGUGAAGACGCGUCUCCGGACACAACUCCGGUAUCACCGGCGGAGGAAUUGCCAUUACCUUCCAAUCAGUCGGCUGCGAUUUCUGGCGUUACUCAGUGCGUUGUUUGCAAAAAGGAAGCGAGGAACUCGAGCAUUUAUUGCUCGGAUGCUUGUAUUCUGACUCAUGCUCAGGAAUCGGUAACGAAAGAUAAGCCCCCGGCUCCGACACCGCCGCCACAGCUUCAAACCAAAGUUGUCAAGACACCGUCGGAUUCACCCAAACCUAAAAUGGACGGAAGGGUCAUCGUCUUUGACAGAAAAUCGGGAAAAGUCCUUGCUGGCGCGGAUGCUCCUUCGGCUUCGAAUCUGAAGACAUGGUUGAAAGAAAAUCCGACGUUCGAAGUCGUACGGCCGAACAGUCUCAAUACUGUGCAAAUCGGGGGCAAAAUGGUGACCGCUAUACAAACGUCAGGAAUAAAAAGUGGACCUCAGACGGUAGCUAAAGGACCGGGACAGGCGAAGAUGGUGUACACCAAAGUGCCAGGAUCCAAGCAAACCAUUCUGGCACCGAGCAAUAAGAAAAUGAUCCUGAUUUCUCAACAACGACAAACGAGUGGAUCUCCCUCGCCCAAGGCGGUCCAACCGAGACAAACCAUUCUUACGACCGCCAUUAAGGCUGCGUCCGCUGCGUCGAAACAGCUGACUCUGAAAGCUAUGACUCAACAGCAAGCGAAGUCACCUGGACCGACGACGCCGAAACGAGAGGUGCCCGUUAAGAAGGUGGAAAAGGAGAAACCGACUCCCCCGCCACAGAAGUCGCCUCAGUCCGUCAAGUCGCCGCCGCCGAAGAAACCCGAGACCGAGCCGAUCAGACUAAACGUCCGGAAAACGCUGGCGGAAUUGCUGACAACGAGGAUCAAGGACGUCGACGACCUGACACUGAGCGAGGAGGAAAUCAACGAAUUGGCUCUGAAUAUCGAGCUGGAGUUGUACAAGUUUUUCAGGGACACGGGAGCGAAGUACAAAGCAAAGUACAGAAGCCUCGUGUUCAACAUAAAGGACACGAAGAACCUGACGUUGUUUAGGAAGAUUGCCGAUCGGUCCCUGGCACCGGAUGCCGUCGUCAGACUAAGUCCGGAGGAAAUGGCUAGCCAGGAGCUGGCGGAGUGGCGCGAAAAGGAGACGAAGCAUCAGCUGGAGAUGAUCAAGAAGAACGAACUGGACCUGAUGUCACAGGCCAAGUCGAUCGUCGUGAAGACCCACAAGGGAGAGCAGAUCAUCGAGAACGACGGAGGUAUCGACCACGUGGACCUUAAGACUCCCGUGCAGGACAUAGUGUCGGCCCUGAACAGCGGAGACAGCAUCGGCUCGACCAUCGAAGAGGAAAGAGAGGCGAGCGACGCGUCGAGGUCGAAAGACGACUCGAAGAAGCCGAGAGGCACCGAGGAGAAGAAAAAGAAGGAUCGCGACAGGGCAAGCGGCCGGGAGAGAGACAGGGGCAAGGAGAAGAGAGACAGGAGCUCGAGCAGAAGUAAGCGACGUCGAAGCAAGGAGAGGGAGAAGAGCAGGGAUCGCAGAUCUACCAGGAACAAGGAGAGCAAGCGAGACAAGGACAGAGAUCGCGAGCGAGACCGCGAUCGCGACCGCGACAGAGAGAAGGACCGGGGGAGGGAGAAGUACAGGAAGAACAGGGGCGGCACGGGGACUCGCAACAAGGGCGGUCACAAGGAGAGGAAGGAGGACGACAAGAAGAAGGAGCAGUCGCCGCCACCUUCGGACAAGCCCAUCGAGGAUCGUCUCUGGAGACACGUCGAGGAGGAGACCACCACGAACACGUUCGACGGCAACGAGUCCGAUCUGUCCGACCGAGAGCCGAGUUCCACCGUUACGAUCAAGACCCCCGAUAUCAACGAAGACGUGGAAAGGGAAAGGGAAAGGGAAAGGGAGUCGGAGACCCCGAAAGAAGCAGCGAGAGGUCCGCUGCAGACCGUGUGGCGGGGCUUCGUCAACAUGGUAGACGUCGCCAAGUUCUUUAUCACGGCCCAGGAAGUAAGUGGCCACGCCAGAGACUUGAUGGAGGACUUGCCGGACACGGUGGACGUGAUCGGCAGGAUAAGCCACGAGACCGUUUGGGACUAUAUCUCCAAGAUGAAGAAGACGGGAUCGAAAGAAAUUCUCGUGAUCAGGCUGACUGCGGCAAACGACGAGGAAAAGAUUCCGUACAUUACGCUUUACAGUUACUUGAACAGUCGAAGCCGACUCGGAGUCGUGGGGAACGUAUCGAAGAACAUCAAAGACUUUUACAUUAUGCCGUUUUCGAGUCAGAGUUCGCUUCCGCAGGUACUCUUGCCCAUAGAUGGACCGGGAUUCGAAGAGCGCAGGCCACAUCUGCUUCUUGGGAUCAUCGUGCGCAACAAGAGGAAGCGAGUGUCCGCCGUUCCUUCCGCGAUACCUCCGAAAAUCUCCAAGAAGGACUCCGAUCGUAGCUUCACGCCUCCCUUAGGUGCCCUUUCCAAAGAUAAGGCGAAUCCUUCCCCCCCUGCGUCUCCUUCGGUCCAUCGGAAAACACCUUUGAGUGAAUCUCUCAAGGAGAAACAAGUAGUCACGGCGAUGACCUUAGAUACGUUGAAUAAAGCUCACGUCGGAAUGUCCAGAACCGUUAUCGAUAGUGCAACGAUAUCUAAGAUCGUUCCAGAAUUGUCCUCGAAACUCGACCUGACGUCGUCACCAGGUAAGGCGCAGCUGGAUGACGACGGAGACGAGCCCUACAGCCCCGGGCAGAUGGACGAGGACAUUGCCGAUGACGUCCCAAAGGCGGCGGAUGCCGCGGUUAACCUCUUGUCGCCUGCUAAAAACUCUACCGAGUUGCAAAGGAAAAUGGAUGAAUUGAACAGGCAAAUAGAGGAGCAGAAGCAACAGAUCCAGAACAUCAGUUCGUCUUUCCUUGGAGAGAGCACGCCAACUCUGCCGGGUCUGGGACUGGAUCCACCCAGUGCCGACGAUUCGGAAGCCUAUAGCCCGUCGGAUUCUAGAUCCUUCACUCCGCCUCCGCAAGGGCUCUCCAAAUUCGCUCAGCCGAUUCUGGAUAAAGUGUCGGAUAUAACGAUUCCACCUAAUCUGCAGGAGAUCCUCGCCAACGUGAAGCGACAAGAGAGCUCAAAGGUAGAUCCGUAUUUACCCGCCAAACCGAGUGCAACUUUCUUGACGUCCGUGAACUCGGCCGCCUACCAAAAGCCGGAGAAGCAUCCGAAGCCUACCACCCCCGGUAGGAGUAGUCUGGAGAAGACAACGUACGAUACUCCACCUCCCCCGGCGAAGGAGACCAAAAGUACGUUGAGAUCGCUGAGCGACCUGGAUCUCAUCAAGAAAGCGGAAGAAGAAUUGGCUGCGGUCGCUGCCGCGGCCGUCAUGCGGAAUCCUUCUCCUUCCAUAUCGACCAACGUGCCGCAACUCCCUCGCGUUCCCGCGGCGCCGAUUUUGCUCCCACCUGCCGCUGCCCUCGGCGUUGUCGCUCCUGUGGCAAGCUUCUCUUCGCCGAGGGACUCCCCGGAGAAAAAUCUAGGAUAUCAGAAUCGUGAUAUCGGUAUCGUGGACUCCGCUAAAAGAGCUUUUGCUUCCGAUCAACCUAAACCUCCUGGACUCGAAGACGAGGAUAUCCCCCCGGUGUUCCCAACGACGCCUCCGACAAUGGAGAACGUUAGCAAGUCAGCGACGCCCGCGAAGUUCGUUCCGAAAAGUGGUAUCGUGCUCAGUGUAAAACGAAAGCCCGGGGACGACAACGGCUCACCCGUGCCGAAAGCUCCAAGGACAAAGUCCAGGUGGGGGCAAGGACCCUCCGAUUGAAUUAUUCCCCGGACUCGUGUCUUUCCGGAGAAAGGAAAGACACUUAGGCUCUGAAAUAUUCUUUCUUACGACGUGUAGUAUAAUAUGUUUGGAUGCUACGUAGAGGAUCUAUCGGUGGGGAUUAGCUUUUGCGACCAUUUCUUGGGGCGGGAGUUGUACGCCGGUUCCAAUUCUCACCUGAACUACGAACCUGAAUUAUUAUAGACAGUCGUCGCAACUUUUACCUACUGCAUUCUGUGAGGAUGCCGGUCCUUUGCAUUUCAAUAGGACAAAAAUCUUAUGGCAGUUAGACGUUAAAGAUUCAGGGAACUAGCGUUACAAAAUUGCCACUUAGGAAUUCCCAGUAACGGUAUUCCAUCUAUGGAAUUUACGUUUUCAAAAAGCUACGGUAGAUUAACUAAGAACCUGUAAAAUGGCAUAGUUUACAAUUUUUCCAGUAGUUUUAAAGUGAUCCUUCCCGUCUACGCUAAUUCUUUGGAUCGUCUCAAAGAUGGGAGACAAACUGGGUGAAUGUAACUUUUAUUAAAUUAGAUUGGGUAAAAGUUUGAAUACAAUAUUGAAAAGGAUAGGUGUGUUCCAUAUCGGUGGAUUAUUAGAUUUAAAUCCUGUCGCUUCCUUCGCGAGGGCUUCGCAUUAUCUUGUGCAAUGUACGUAAAAACGGAGUCGAUAGCGGUUGGGGAUGGCACGGUUUAAAGUGCAUAAAAAUAAGAUUCUCUGCGAUCAUGCAGCAUCCAAGCGUAGUUCUUGUAAAUACCAAAGUGAGAGAUAGAUAUCGGAACACGCGGUACCAACGGAUAUCUUGACGCGCCUGAGACGAGGGAAAAAAAAAGCGAUAGCGUCCUUGUCUGUACAUAGUCCAGUUGACGCGCCCUGUAAGAUAUUUUCCAAAAUUGUGACGUGAAGGAAAAAAAAAGGAGGGGCAAUUCGAAAAAUGAGGCAAACUGCAACGGUAUUAUUUUGACAGGUUAAUCGUGUAAAUAUUGAACUUGGUGAUUUCGGAAAUCAAUUUUUGCAACCGGUACUCGUCCGUACGGCGUGUUUGAUGCUAAGCGAUAAGUGUAGGAAAAUCACGUUUUAUAAGCAACGCCUGUUAACCUCCUCUCUGUCUCUUCCUCCCACGUUUUAGUAAGUGAUAUAAAUGUUUAUGCCGUUAUGCAUAAGUACCGCAACCACGUAGUUAACACGACCGCUACACGUUAUAUAGCAGCUGUGUAAUUGGAAGUAUGUAAAAAAAAAAACUUAUCGAUAACCUAGCUCGUAUGUAUGUACACUAACGUAACUUUAUGGAAACACGCAAAAUUUAAAUUUUGUUACGGUAAAAUAGUUGCGCUUCAGUUCGAGGGUAACCCUAUCGUUUUUUUUUUUUUUUUUUUUAAUUAUCGGUUUGACACCUGGUCGAGCACUCGAUGACAGAAAUCGAGAGAAAAGCUUAAUAUCGGUGCUAACGUCAUAAGGCAAUGGUAUAUCGUGUAAAAAUAGGUAGUUAUUCUAUGGAUAAAGAUAAACUAUGAUUUUCAAGGUCCAAUGUGUCUUUACAAAGGUUAAAACGAUGAAAGGGACAUAAAAUAAUCUGUCUCAACGGAAGGCUUCUUCUUCUUCGAUACUUUUUAUUUGCACAGUGGCAAACAACGGAUAACUCAUUGAUUACUCAUUGUAGUGGAGGGUAAGCGAGGUUGAAAGUUUUAACCGAAGGACAUUUACUAUCCACUUUGCAUGUUCUGAUAUAUUCUGAAUUUUAUUUGUUCCUGUUACUAAAACAUGUGGUUCGAUAUCGCACCCCCAACAUAACGGUAUCAUUGCUUACUACUCUUUAUCAAAUUAUAGUGCAAUUUACGCCAUUUUGUAUUAUCUACUACCGCCAUGGCAACGAUUGUAAAAA